AUGGCGGCGGAGCUGGAGCGGGUGCGCAUCUCGGCCGCGGAGCUGAGGGGGAGCCUGGCGGCGUUGGGGAGGGCCCCGGGGGGCGGGGGCCGAGAGAGCAUGAAGGAACUGAAGGAGCCCAGGCAUCGUAAAGAUAACCGGCGUCCAGACCUUGAAAUCUACAAGCCUGGCCUCUCCCGGCUUAGGAACAAACACACACUAUUAAAACAGGAGGCCUCAGCGUAUGAAGGGACCAGAUCUGAGGAAUCCAAGGAUGAAACUGCUAGUGACAAAGAUCCUGCUGGUACUGGAGGGGGAUCUCAGGUCACUGGAGAUCUCAGCAAAGGUGACAGCCAGAAGCAGAAUGGUCCCUCCCAGGGAAAUGGAGAGAUGGAAAGUAAAGCUGUUUUUCAGAGCCAAGAGAAUUUGGAUAAACACUCUGUCUCAGAUGACUGGUGUCCCAGGAUCAUCAGGAGAACCAAGAAGCCGGACCAGCAGAUCUAUCAGCCUGGGAAGCGCCUGCAGACUGUUGCCAAGGAGGCAGGCAGCCAGCCAGCCAAUGAUGAAAUUGCCAGUAAGAUGGAACAGCUGAGAGUUGAAGGAGAUGAAGAGACUGAAAGGGACAUUGGGAAAGGCAGCAACAGCAGUAGAACUAAACUUAACAGAGAGGAGAGGGAGGGAAGCCUGACUAGUGAGGGAGCGAAAACCACACAGGGAGAAAAAGGAAGGCAGGUAGAGCGGGCUGAGAGGGUCAGGAAAUCAAGUGAUGACUUGCUCCAGGGGAAGCUGGGAUCUACGAAGCGAUACUCCCGCUCUGACAAACGGAGGAGCCGAUACCGCACCUGUAGCACGAGCUCAGCAGGGAGCAACAACAGCGCAGAUGGAGCCCCACUGGCUGAUGGGGGAAGGACGCGACAGGAGCGGGCCAAAGAGAGAAGCCGUCCUAAAAAACAGCUCUCUGCUUCCUCCACCGACUCUCUGGAAGAUGACAAAAUUGGGGAGACAGAAGCAUAUGGCGCCAGCAGGAAUUCAGAGAGAAAGCACCCAGAGCAGAGCCGAGCUAAAAGUGAGAGUGAGUGGAGCAGCAAUGGGAAGGAGGUCAAGGGAGCCCUGCGCGUCACUUUCGAUAAUAAGUCUGUGAACAGAGACAUCCCUGUGGCGCACACAGACAAGAAAAAGCCUCCAAAGGCUUUUAAUGUAAGUGACUCCAUAGAGGCUGUGGAGGUGAAGGGCAGGGAGCCUCAGGGGAGAGGCCGUGGGAUUCUCAUCCUGCCUGCCAACACAGACCUCUCUGCCAGUGCUGCAGGCUCUCCCGAAUCUACUCAGUCUGGGCCCAGGCUCCUGCUUGGUAGUGGUGGCAGCAAGGGGCCCAGAGGCAGGGGCCGUGGAGGCACUAUGCGCAGGUUGUGGGAUCCAAACAACCCGGACCAAAAACCUGCUCUGAAGAGCCAGACCUCACAGCUUCAUUUUCUAGAUACUGAUGAUGAAGUGAGUCCCACUUCCUGGGGGGAUGCACGCCAGUCGCAGGCCUCCUACUACAAAUUUCAGAAUUCUGACAACCCCUAUUAUUACCCCAGUCCAAAAGGCCAAGGUCCUCAGUAUCCUUAUGGAGGGUAUUCUUUGCCAUAUCAGAUGGGCCCCAAUAACAGUGUUUACCCAGGAGCUUACUACCCCGGAUAUCCAGGCCAGUCAGGGCAGUAUAUCUGCAGCCCCCUCCCCUCUACCCCUUUGAGUCCUGAGAUGGAACAGCAGAUGAGGAACUUACAGCAGCAGGAGCUCAGCAAACUCCUCCGAGAGGCUGGGAACCAGGAGCAGCAGCUCAGCAACCUGCUUUCCAGAGACCGCAUCAGCCCUGAGGGUCUUGAGAAGAUGGCACAACUGAGAGCAGAGAUGCUGCAACUGUAUGAACGAUGCAUCCUCAUGGAUAUUGAGUUCUCCGAUAACCAGAAUGUGGAUCAGCUGCUCUGGAAGAAUGCCUUCUAUCAGGUGAUUGAGAAAUUCCGGCAGCUCCUCAAGGAUCCGCUAGGGGAGAACGGGCAGGAAAUUCGGAACAAACUGCUUCAGCUCCUCGAUGAGGGCACUAUUUUCUUUGACAAUUUGCUUCAGAAGCUGCAGGUGUCAUACCAGUUCAAACUGGAGGAUUAUAUGGAUGGGAUGGCCAUUCGCAGCAAGCCCUUGCGGAAGAUGGUGAAGUACGCGCUGAUCAGUGCCCAGAGGUGUAUGAUUUGCCAAGGGGACAUUUGCCGGUACAGGGAGCAAGCGAACGACACAGCAAACUAUGGGAAAGCACGCAGUUGGUAUCUGAAGGCUCAGCACAUUGCCCCCAAAAAUGGCCGUCCAUACAAUCAGUUGGCUCUGCUGGCUAUCUACACGAGGAGGAAGCUGGAUGCUGUGUACUAUUACAUGCGCAGCCUGGCUGCCAGCAACCCCAUCCUCACAGCCAAGGAGAGCCUCAUGAGCCUGUUUGAAGAGACAAAACGCAAGGCUGAGCAGAUGGAACAAAAGCAGCAUCAGGUGCUGGAACUGAGCCCCAGCCGAUGGGGGAAGGGCAAGAAGUCCACAUUCCGACAAGUUGGAGACGACGCCACUCGGCUGGAGAUCUGGAUUCAUCCCUCCCACCCCCGCUGCUCCCAUGGCCAUGAAUCUGGCAAGGAGUCUGAGCAGGACAACGGGCUUGGGAACCUCAGCCCCAGUGAUCUGAACAAAAGGUUCAUCCUCAGUUUUCUCCAUGCCCAUGGGAAGCUGUUUACCAGGAUUGGGAUGGAGACGUUCCCGUCAGUGACAGAGGAGGUGCUGAGGGAGUUCCAGGUGCUGCUGAAGCACAGCCCUCCUCCCAUCGGAAGCACCCGCAUGCUGCAGCUCAUGGCUAUCAACAUGUUUGCGGUGUACAACUCCCAGCCCAAAGAGUGCCUCUCAGAGGACUGUCGCUCAGUGCUCCAGGAACAGGCCACGGCGCUGGGACUCUGCAUGUUCGCCCUGCUGGUGAGGCGCUGCACCAGCUUACUGAAGGAGUCUGUCCGAGCUUGGCCCCAGGAAUCCGAGCAGGAUGAGGAGGAUGAUAUCAAGGUCUCCGCCUUGCCCCAGGAUCUGAAGGAGCUCCUCCCCAGCGUGAAAGUCUGGUCGGACUGGAUGCUCGGCCACUCGGACACCUGGAACCCCCCUCCCACCUCCCUCGAGCUGCCCAAACAGGUCUCAGUGGAUGUGUGGGCGACACUGGCCGACUUCUGUAACAUACUGACCACAGUGAAUCAGUCGGAGGUGCCGUUGUACAAGGACCCCGAUGAUGACCUUUCCCUGCUCAGCCUGGAAGAGGAUCGGCUCCUUUCGGGCUUUGUCCCCCUGCUGGUCGCCCCCCAGGAGCCCUGCUACGUGGAGAAAACCUCGGACAAGGUUAUUGCAGCUGACUGCAAGAGGGUCACAGUUCUGAAGUAUUUCCUGGAAGCCCUUUGUGGACAAGAAGAGCCUUUGCUGGCAUUCAAGGGUGGAAAAUAUGUGUCAGUGGCACCCGUCCCAGACGCCAUGGGAAAGGAAAUGGGAAGCCAAGAGGGAAAACAACUGGAAGAUCAGAAGGAGGAUGACUUGAGGAUUGAGGCGUUUGAAGAUGAUUCUGAGGCUGAAGUCAGUGGAGAAGAGUUUGACAUCAGGGAACUCAGAGCCAGGAAGCAAGCCCUGGCCAGGAAAGUAGCCGAGCAGCAGCGUCGUCGGGACAAGAUUCAGGCUGUGCUGAAGGAUCAGAGCCAGAUGCGGCAGAUGGAGCUGGAGAUCAGACCUGUCUUCCUGGUGCCAGACACCAACGGCUUCAUCGACCACCUGAACAGCCUGAAGAAGCUGCUGGAGUGGCGGAAGUUCAUCUUGGUGGUGCCCCUGAUUGUGAUCAAUGAGCUGGAUGGCCUGGCCAAGGGCCCGGAGCUGGAGUAUCGGCCUGGGGGCCAUGCCCGCCUGCUGCAGGAGAAGGCCAGGAGAGCCAUUGAGUUCCUGGAGGAGCGCUUUGAGAAUCGCGACAACUACAUGAGGGCUCUGACUAGCCGAGGCAACGAACUUGAAUCCAUCUCCUUCCGCAGCGAAGACACCACCGGCCAGCAGGGCAACAACGACGACCUGAUUCUGUCCUGCUGUCUCCAUUACUGCAAUGACAAGGCCAAGGACUUCAUGCCCACCAACAAAGAUGAUCCAAUCCGUCUGCUCAGAGAGGUGGUGCUGCUCACGGACGAUCGGAACCUGCGUGUCAAGGCGCUGACCCGGAACGUGCCCGUGCGAGACAUUCCCACCUUCCUGAAGUGGGCCCAGGAGGGCUGAGCGGGUGUGACUGAGGAGGAGAUGUCCCCGCGUGAGUGACGCAGCGUGUUGCUGGUGGGAGAAUGGCUUUCAAGGCAGCCCUGCACCACCACCACUGCCUCCCGACCCACCAUUGAACAAUAAACACCACGUCUUCAAACCCAGCCCCGAAUGGCCAUGCUGCAAAGGGAAGGUCCCUGCUGUGGAUGGGUCGUGCGGAGCCCAGGACUCUGGGGGUUGCCAGGGCCUUUGGGAAGAGUGGGGGGCAGAGCAGGGGGGCACUGGUCCCUGGGGGAAGCUUUGGGCUAGCCCCAUUGCCCUUGUCAGCAUCCUUGACUGGAGAGAGCUCCCAUUGGAGGCCAGCGUUCUCCUCGGAGCUGUGCUCUGAGCCGGCCAAAGGAAUGGGAGCCUCCUGUCUGUUAACUGGCUACGAAAAGCAGGAGGGACCUGGCGUUGUGGCAGUUCCUACUGGCGGUUUCCAGAGGCGCUUGUGUUCCUGCUGGAGCCCUGGCUGCACCCCUGAGACACUGUGAACGUGGAGGUCAGGGUCUGUCCUGCUGUCUCUGGCCAUUUCGCUCACACCUUGGCUGUUCCUCUCCGCCUGUCUCGAUUCCUUCGUCUGUCCACUUGGCUGGCAGCUCCUUGGAGCCCUAGUUGUGUCCCGCGGGAGUAGGGCUGCAGCAGCCCUGUCACUUCCCAACACUGGAGUCUGGGGGGAAAGUAACGGAUAUUUGGCUCCUUUUCCCCUUUUGAAGAUGCUCUGGUCCCCUCUCCAGCACGGGGGCAGCAGGUCCUGCUCUGAGAACGUCACCUCAAGCUUUAGGGUUGUCUAUUGCUCAGGAUCCAUUGCUGCUAAGGAAAAGCAUUAAAUACCCAGGCUGCAUUGUACCUUGAUUGCUCCAUACAUCCUCUGCCCCAUAUACCUCCUGAGCCCCCUACUC